UCAGGCUGUAGCAAACAUUGAGCCGAGCGCCGAGCCUUGGAUCUCGCCUCGAAUCUUCUUCGCCGCUGAGCUGAGCAAUAGGCAGCGCAACGACACGCAUAUCUUUCUCACCAAGACUUUGGUAUAAGUAUAGGACCACGCACAACUCAAGAUGUCGAGAACACCAGAUCCCGGCAAACAGGCCGAAUCAUACAGCAGCAUGUCUGUAGGCGACGUAGAAGCAAUUGGAGCGCAUUGCCAGAUGCCAUUUUGUCGGCAACUGGACUUCCUACCAUUUCGAUGCGAGAGCUGUAAAGGCAAGUUCUGCGGCGAUCACCGAACGGAAACUGCACAUUCAUGUCCGAAGGCUGGCGAAUGGGCCCGAAAACGAGCAGAGGCGAAUCGUGGACCGACGACGAAUACACCCUUUGCCUCGAAACCGAAUAUCCUCACACACGAGCAGCAGUGCUCCGAACCAAGUUGCAAAACACUCAUCAACACACCUUUGGUCACCGGCGUUCAUUGCGACAAAUGCCGGAGGUCAUAUUGUCUCAAGCACCGGUUCACAUACGAUCAUAACUGCUCGAACCUCACACCACUUGGCACAGGCAAGAAUACAGCAGCAACACAGAAGGAGAAAGGCCUUGCUGCGUUGGAGAAGCUGCGAGCAUGGGGUGCGUCGAAGAAGGCUGCUAUGCCCAAAGUACCGAGCAUGCCACAGAGUAAAGCGAAGCAGAGUGCUGCAGCGUCGCUAGCCGCGACUGCUACCCUGAAGAAGACGGCCAAGGGUGAUGACAAGAUACCGCAAGACAAGCGCGUGUAUGUGUACGUGGAGGCGAGCUCCGACACCGUUACCGCGAAGAUACCCAAAGGCAACUUCUUCUACAGCUCCGAGUACACUGUCGGCAGAGUUCUAGAUCUGGCAGCGAAGAGUCUGCAAGUGCAAAAUGUCAACAAUAGGUCCGAGAGCGAGGAGGAUAAGUUGCGGAUAUUUCAUGUGGAGGGCGGUAGAUUGCUGGAGUUCGGAGAAAAGCUUGGAAAGAGCGUGGCUACAGGCAAUACGAUAGUCCUGCUGCGAGGUGUGGGAGCAGGUAUGGCGAAGACGCCGGAUCAGACGACAUGAUGGGAGUUCGUGGAGGCGACGCUCUCUGUUGACUCGUCACUCAGACGAUGCGCUAUGAGUUAUGAAGAAACGAGUUACGAGAAGCGCUCGUGGGGUUCAGAUCCGACGAUCCAGACCAGCUGAGAAGAUGUCACAGCCUUGUAAAAUCAGGGCCUGUACUCUGGGCGGCGAGGUGUGCGAUUGUUGCUAUGUUGUUCUAGCAGAAGAGCACUGGAAGGCAACGAAAGGUAACCUGGUUCUAUGGACAAGCAAGACUACUAUGAUACUGCUACGAAGGGAUUCAGCAGCUUGCAAGCGUACCCGCAUUUUGAACGAG